AUGCAGAGAACGAAGCCUGCAGUGACGGUGCCGACGACGUCGCCCAAGGCGGCGCAGGCACCCAAGGAACCCACCAUCACCAUCAUCUCGAGCGACGGGGAGGCCUUCUCACUGAUCCCCAGCACCAUCGCCCACUCGCACCUGCUGGAAGGCGCUGUACGUCGAUGGGCAGAGAUCUAUCAAGCGAAAGUGAAGGAGCGGUGGGGUGCACCCUGCACCCCGACGGAGGCUAACGACGACGAAGACGAUGCUACGGCAGAUGACCUGGAGGAGACCCCAGAUGAGAACUACAUUGCCCACUUCUACGAAGAAACCGCGAGUGAUGUGACGACGACGAGCGGCGCCUUGGAAGACGUGGGUAGCGGCGGUGGUGCCGGCGCCGCCGCACGGCCGUCCGGCAGAGGCGCUGCCACUGCUGCUGCUACCGACGACGACGACGACGCGGAAUCGAAGCGGCGGCAGAGGCGUCCGCAUGCGGCCCGAACGAAGAGCGCGCGGGCCCGUAACGAAGAAGACGCACAUCACCCUAAGAAAGUAGCGCUGCCGUUUGAGUUUGCGGAUACAGAUGAGGGGACGUCGGUGGCGAGACGGGCCUCGGGCGACGGGGAGAGCAACCUGCGCGGUGCCGACAAUGGGGACACCGACUCGGACCGCACCGCCAGCGUGCUGCCCUCCUCGGUGGAGAGCUCUAUGUCGAGCACAUCGAGCCCGUUGAAGUCGCAGAGCAACGGCGGAACUCCGACGCGGGCUAGUGACGCGGCGGGGGUGUUAACCGAACUGGCAGGAGUGCCACGCUUCACUCAUACGCCUCGCUUGGACACACACGCACAGCCGUCACCGAUGUCGACAGCAUCGUUGCAACAUUCCGCCGCCGCCGUCGGAGUUGAGGAAAGCCGCAGUGGAAAUGUGUGCAACACGCCGACAGGGGCAGCCGCACAUGCCUUGACGACCACGGCCGCCACUAUCAAGAGUCGUAACGCGCGCUCCCCUGCCGCCACCGGCACCUCUUCCUCCAGCCGCAGCUCGCGUGUGUCUCCGUCGACGCUGAUGGAUGCUGACCAGUCGACACCGAGCGUGCUCAGCGGCGAGGAAGGCGAAGAAAGGGAGGAGGAACGAGGCCGCGAUGAGGGUGCUGGCGGUGCGAAUGGAGGCAAGCGACCCUCGCGGGACUCUCGCAAUCUAGGCGAUGAGGGACUAGACAGCGUAGAGGUCUCUUCGUCCUCCUCCGAGUCGAUGUCGCCGUUUGGGUGCCCGGCCAACACCACCACUACAGUGCCGAAUGGCCGUGGCGCGCGGCGCCACAGGGACCCCGUCGUCUCGGCCUCGUCCAGUUUCACUUCCAGCACCACCUCCUCCUCGUCGCACCUCACCUCGUCUGGUGGCGGCCGCAGCAAAGGCCACCGGCACAGCAGCACCGUCGUCAAGGUUGGUGCGGCCGAGGCAGACGACGACUUCGAUGAGGAAGACAAGGGAGAUGCGGCUAGGACGGACGUAGGAGUGGCGCUGGACACCGCGGCAGCAGCAGCGAUGACCUCUACUGGAAGUGCUCGCAGCGGUAGCGGCCGCCCCAGCACGUCGCCUCCGCCUCCGGAUUGGUGCUCCCCCAGCAGCUGCCACCAACGCACGCCGUGCAUGACGGACGAGGACGACGUCGGGGCAAUGAUGGCCGAAGACAGGCUUGGUGCGCCGGCUGGCAUUUCACCCGCGCUUACGUCAAGCCGCACAGAAAGCAUUGGCUGCUUCUCGCUGUCUACCCAGCCUCCACUCGCACCUGGCGCAGGGGGAACCGUUACGGCCUCCGUGCCGUCGCCGAUGGAUCACAUCUCGCUGACCGCUGCCACACACGCUGCAACGUCAGCCAGUGCGGCCGCAGAGACUGCCCUCGCCACCAAGAGAAAUAGCGGCGGCGCCGGCGUGAAGCCCCUCACGAGUAGCCUCGCCUACGCGGACGGCAUCCGCAUCACGUCCAGCGCCAUUGUGUUCGACCUCGUGCGAUCCGCCUCGCCGUGCGCCUCUCCAAGCUCUGGCAAAGCCGCAGCCGCUGUGCCAGUUGUCGAAUCCGCGGCCAGCGCCGCUGGCGCACCACCGACAGCGGCCGCACCGACCGUCAAUAUUCACUCCUCCACGCUGCUCGUGUGCAUCAAGUACAUGAAGCACUUCGCCGAGGCGGAGGCGCAGGCAGCGGCUGACGCAGCUGCAGCUGGCAAGUGCCGCAAGCAUCUGCGCCACAAGUAUCGGCAUUGCAAACAUCGGCGCGGCCGCCACAGCAGUGACAGCAGUGGGAACGACGACGAUCAAGACAGCAGCGCGACGGGCACCUCCUCCGCGUCUUCACUGUCGAUCACGUCGGGGUCCUCCUCGGACAACAGUGACGAGGACGACGACGACACCGAAGUUUCAACGGUCAGCGACUCAUCCUUCAGCCCAAUGUCGAUUGGAGCGCCGCCAGGCGGUCCAUGCGUGAGUGGUGGGGCGGUGAGAAGGGGUAACCCAGAUGGCGCGCCGCCCGGCACAGCAGCCGGCACCCCGGCGUCGCCUUUGGGCGGGCCCGCCGCCAUUCCGGCGCCUCUCACGACGCCGCUAGUGUCCCUUCUCUCCCCAUGGGAGCAGAACUUCCUCUACGUGGACUUGCUCGGCGCACCCGAGACGGUGCUCGCCGCGUCGCUGGCCAUCUUAGACGUCUGCCCUGACUUCGAUUACAGCUCCCCAAGCGUGCAUCUGGGGGAUGCGAAGGCGAGGGCAGCUCUCAUGGCCCCACCGCCACCGCCGGAGGGCGUGCACACGCUUAUAGAAGUCAUGGCCGCGGCGAAGCAGCUGCAAAUCGAGCCCCUGCACGCCCUCUGUGCCGGGUGGUUGGCCGACUUCAUGAUCCGAGCUUCGUACGGGGCGACAGACAACUUCGAGGCGGCGCAUCUGAUUCGGCAGUGUCUUCGUGUGACAAGCGACUGGAGUCGGCGGGAGACGGACUGCCUGAAGAUCGAAAAUGAGUGGCCAGCGAAUGAGGAGUCCGAGUAG